AUGAGCUCGACCAAUUUUGCCGCUGCACAGGAGCGGGUUUUAGAGCGUCGUCGCCUGCGUGAGGCCGAAGCCAGCGCCCGGUUGGCGGCACAGCAACGGGCAUCGCCGAUCAACUCGGCCACCGUCCAACGUCUCCCCUACCCAAUAAACCGACUGCCAUCAUCGGGGUGGCGGCUAUGGAAUUCGAUCAGGGGCCGCGAGGGAACGCGCCCGGCGUUCCGAGUCGGCCAGGUCGAUGCCGAAUUGCUGGACGAGGAGCUGCUCGGCCUGAUGAAGGGCCAGGUUGGGGAUGCUCUCAAAUACUUCGGGCCCCAAAUGCGGGAAGAUUGGUCCCAUGAAAUCCUCUUCGCGCUGCGAGCCAUUCUUUUCAAGCUCUCAAUAUGGGACCACGACGCGUCGUACGGUGCUGCGCUUCAAGGCCUGCAAUAUACAGACAGUCGCAGCAAAGGACCCGUGCAUUCUCCUCCGACAAAAUGGCAGAAGACUCUGUAUGGUUUCCUGACAGUUGGUGGGCGCUACGCUUGGGACAAGUGGGAGAGCUGGUUGAUCGGACAAGAAGGCGGAUAUGAAGAGCCAUCACAGGAUGUCCGGAUGUUAUCACAACUAACCGACUGGAUUUCUUCGACGCACUCGAUCGCCGCCUUCGUUUCCUUCCUUGUGUUCUUGGUGAACGGCCGAUACCGAACUCUAGUCGACCGCAUCUUGCGCAUUCGUCUGACCCCGCCGUCUGCACAGGCUAGUCGGGAGGUGUCCUUUGAAUAUUUGAACCGACAACUUGUCUGGCAUGCGUUUACCGAAUUCCUUCUUUUCCUACUACCCCUCGUCGGCAUCAGUCUGGCGAAGACGACGAACAAUCCGAGAAGCAAGGGGGAGCUGGCCUUCCUCCCAGAGCGGACCUGUGCGAUCUGCUACCGGGACCAGAACCCCGCCGCCACAACGGAGAACGAUGUAAUGGCAGCCUCUGCGUCGGCAGGUGGCAUUACUGGUUCAGCCCAGACAGACAUUACCAACCCGUACGAGACGAUCCCAUGUGGGUGUGUAUAUUGCUUUAUCUGCAUUGUGCAGAAGCUCGAAGGGGAGGAGGGGCAAGGAUGGAUUUGUCUGCGAUGUGGCGAGAUCGUCAAGAAAUGCCAACCAUGGAAUGGCGAUGUGUUGGAAGAGGCUCGCUCGCAGCCCGGCACGGGAAAGAUUGUUGGGUUUGCCAUAGACGAAGACUCCGACCCUCAUGGCCAGAAGGAAGAGACUGAGAAGCAUACAUCCAACCAUUCCAGCCCGUUGCAGGAAAUCACUGCCGAUGAAGCUCUGCAACAUUCGAGUCAAUGGUCAACCGUCGACAAGGAAACGUCGGAACAUGAGACGGAUGGGACGACGGACGGGGCACAGCCCGGCUCGAACUAA